GCUCCUCGCGCUCGGCCCUGCUCCGCGGCCAGAGCUCCGCCCGGGCGCCGGGUUCCCACAGCUGCGGGAGCCGGCGGGCGCCGAGGGGGCGGACCCACCUCCGCGCAGCCCGCCGGCCCCGGGCGGGCAGAGGCAGGCGAAGCGCGAGUGCGGGAGAGCGCGGAGAGCCAGGCCCGCCCGGAGCGCGCUGGAGACACCCCGAGCGCCCCGCGCCCUGGCACCAUGCGACCCGCCGCGCCUCCUCGCGGGCCCGGGGCUUCGCUGUCCGCUCGCUGAGCCCCUGCACUCGCCACCACGGAAAGUCGAAAAGAGGAGGCGAGACAUUGGAGGGCAGCGCGCAGACGGACUAGACUUCCCCUCCGCCCCCAGGAGGUUGCGGGUUCCCGGUUCCCUGGGCUUCUCUAGCUUUAUCAUGACCCUGGCGCAAGCUUGGCUUUAAGAGAAAUUGAGAAGCGAAGAGAGUCAAGGCAAUUCUUUGGUUGCUAAGUGUGAGAGAAGACACUCAGGAUGGCUCAGGGAUCCGGGGAUCAAAGAGCAGUGGGGAUUGCUGAUCCAGAGGAGAGUUCUCCCAACAUGAUAGUCUACUGCAAAAUCGAAGACAUCAUCACAAAGAUGCAAGAUGACAAGACAGGAGGUGUGCCCAUCAGGACAGUCAAGAGCUUUCUCUCCAAAAUCCCCAGUGUCGUCACAGGUACUGACGUUGUGCAGUGGCUCAUGAAGAACCUUUCCAUCGAGGACCCAGUUGAAGCAAUACACUUGGGAAGCCUUAUCGCCGCCCAGGGCUACAUCUUUCCAAUCUCUGAUCAUGUUCUCACCAUGAAGGAUGAUGGUACCUUCUACCGUUUCCAGGCUCCUUACUUCUGGCCUUCCAACUGCUGGGAACCUGAGAACACUGACUAUGCCAUCUAUCUCUGCAAGAGGACCAUGCAGAAUAAAGCGAGGCUGGAAUUGGCUGAUUAUGAAGCCGAAAACCUAGCAAGACUCCAGAGGGCGUUUGCAAGGAAGUGGGAAUUCAUCUUUAUGCAAGCAGAGGCGCAAGUAAAGAUAGAUCGGAAAAAGGACAAGACGGAACGGAAAAUUUUGGAUAGUCAGGAACGUGCCUUUUGGGAUGUCCACAGACCAGUGCCAGGCUGUGUGAACACAACAGAAAUGGACAUCAGAAAAUGUCGGCGUUUGAAGAAUCCACAAAAGGUUAAAAAGUCCGUGUACGGUGUGACGGAAGAGUCCCAGUCUCAGAGUCCUGUGCACAUACCCAGUCAGCCAAUCAGGAAAACUACAAAAGAGGACAUCCGGAAACAGAUAACAUUUUUGAAUGCACAGAUUGAUAGACACUGUUUGAAAAUGUCCAAAGUGGCUGAAAGCUUAAUUGCUUACACGGAACAGUAUGUGGAAUAUGAUCCUUUCGUAACGCCCGCAGAGCCAUCUAAUCCCUGGAUCAGUGAUGACAUCGCCUUAUGGGACAUAGAGAUGAGGAGAGAACCUCUGGAAUUGCUGCUCUUCAGAGUCCCCAGUGUGGAUUUCGGUGGUGUCCAUUCUGUGAUUUUUUUGCUUUGCAAAGAGCCCAGCCAGCAACGAGUAAAAAGAUGGGGUUUCUCUUUCGAUGAGAUACUGAAGGACCAGGUGGGGCGGGACCAGUUCCUUCGAUUCCUGGAGUCCGAAUUCAGUUCAGAAAACCUCAGGUUCUGGCUGGCUGUCCAAGAUCUCAAGAAACAACCGCUACAGGAUGUGGCCAAGAGGGUGGAAGAAAUCUGGCAAGAGUUUCUGGCUCCAGGAGCCCCCAGUGCAAUCAACCUGGAUUCUCACAGCUAUGAGAUAACCAGCCAAAAUGUCAAGGAUGGAGGGAGAUACACCUUUGAAGAUGCCCAGGAGCAUAUCUACAAGCUGAUGAAAAGUGACAGUUAUGCCCGCUUCCUCCGGUCCAAUGCUUACCAGGACAUGCUGCUGGCCAGGAAGAAGCCAGAAAGUGAGCAAGGUCGUAGAACUUCCCUAGAAAAGUUCACUCGCAGUGUGUGCUGCUGGCGCAGAGUCAGAAUGGCCGCUGCAUUUCACCCCCGAGGUGGCUUCCUUCCAGCAGUGGGGAAAGUCGCUGGCGGGCAAGCGCCUCACCGGCCUGAUGCAGUCCUCCUGAGUGUCCCCACCACAGGGCCAGGGCCCGGGCCCUCAGAGCACACGGGCAGGCGGCGGCGCUCCACAUCUGCGGAUAGAGUUUCCUUGCGGGGAGAUUUGGUCACUGUGAAGGAGAAAGAGUGAGGGCCAUGGAGGGUGAUGGUGGGGAGACUUGGUGGGUGAACGGGGACACCAGGAAACGUCCACAGACCUGGGCCAGCAGGGAGAGGCUCCUGUUUACACCCUCUUCCUUGUACAGUUGUGCGCCAACACUCCAUCGACUUGGAGGCCCUGUUUCUAACUGAGUCAGGAGAGAGCAGCUCAUGGGAUUCCCGUCGGACUAUCACUUGAGAUUAUAUUCUUAUUAUCCUCACUCCUCCUGCUGCCUGGGGGAGUCACACCCGCCAGCAAAUGCAAGAGGAGCAAGUGGACCCUGGGCACGUCCAGUAUUAUGCAUCGCCCCUCUCUGGUGCCCCCACAGGGUGCACCUUCGUCACAGCCACCGUGACCCUCCCCACAACCCCCCACCCCGACUCUGUGGCCACCUGGGUAUGACCAGCCAGCACCAGGCCCAGUUCCCACAUAAUAUGUCCAGAUCAUGUUUUCAGUGCGAAGGCGACCUCACCUCACGUGCUUUCCACCCACUUUGAGACCAACUUUCAAAGAGGUCUCCAUGGGUGUGGUGGCAGCCCUUGGGUCCCAUCAGAUGUCUCAAGGGCCCAACACUGGAGGAUGGGAGAGCACUGGUGCAGAUGGAAGAGCGUGUUGAUGAACAGCCAUGGAGGUUCUGAUGACCAUCUUUUAAGAAAAUCAUUAUUUUAUUUUUCCUGUCUUUGCACCCUUGCUCCUUGGUUUGUUCCCUCACAUUUUACUUAAAAUAAACACGGCCGUGAACUUCAGGGGCCAUUGGGAUUCUCCCCUCUGGCAGCCUCAGGUGGAAGCUAGGAGGGCUCCGGCCCGGGAGGUGGCCAGAUUGAGACCUGGACACCCCUAGAUGGUGGCAUUCUGGUAGGCACAGCCAGAUCCUUGCUGGGUCAGGCGUCAGUUGUUCCUGAAGCUUCGGCAGAGUAUGCUAUGGCCGGUCCAGGCCAGGGCCAUGUGGUUCCCUUCCCAGUCUCAAUCUGAGGGCCAGCCAGAGCACUCCUGUCAUCUAGGAGAAAGCAAAGCCUGAGAAAGAUCCCCCGGGUUCCUUGUGUGAGUGUACACAUGUGUGUGUGUGAAAAUGACUUCGCCAACAUGGCUGUGAGGACGUGUAUAUAGAGCACCGAGUCAGGUGCCUGACACAUAGUAGGUGCUUAGCAAAUGGUAGCUAAUACUGUCAUCGUCGUCACUGUUGUUAUUGUGAUACCCAUGAGACCUGGGGCAGAGCUGUAUUGAGCAAGCUGUUUCUGAAUUCAGACACUCAACCACCCCUACCUGCUACGAUGAUCCUCCUUUGAUCUAUUUUUGGCCACAGGUGAAAAAAAAAAUCUCCCUUGGGAGUGUAUAAACAGAAAACAUAGAAGGAAAAAAGUGAUCCUUGGUGUUUCUUUACUCACGCAGGAAAAUGCACCAGCUGGUGACCAAAGGCUCAUUGGAUCGCCAUCCAGCCUUCUGGUGCUUCCCUAUGACCCCCGACCUCCGAGUCCUGUCUUUAUCUGCUUCCACACAACCCUGUCCCCAGACCCCCACUCUCCCAUCCCUCACAGUAGAGCCAUCAGGAACAUUAGGAGUCUCCAUUAUGGGGUAUCCUCAUGGGUUCUGAGCACCAUGUCUAUCCUCCCUCCCGGCUGUAGUUCUUCUCUCUUCAAGAUACAGGAAAUUAGAAAGAUGACAUGUGUGGGGUCCUGAGAAAGUUUUCAAAGGGGCAAGACAGACCCAGAUUCUUGGUGGGCACACCCACACUUUCAGCACCAAGCCCUGCACUUUGCAGAUACUUGGUAACUACCUGAGUAAAUGAAUGUGAUGAAGCCUUAUCUCAAGUGACAAGAGUCUAAAAAGGGGCUUCUUUCCACUUUUUUAAAAUCCCCUUUUUAUUUAUACACACUUCCUGUUUCAGAACAAAGUUAUUGUCCAAGUUCAUUUGCACCCAACAUUGUCCCAACUGUGCUGAUAGGGAGGCAUGUGGACAAGGAGGGUUCCCAAGCAGUGGGCACCUUUGUACCUUCAGUUAUUCAGGGGAAGGGGUCUGGCUGCCUUCUGCCCCCCCCCCCCCACACACACACAGGCUGCAGAGGACAUCCUAAGUCAGGCUGUAGACAAGGCAGGGUCAGCUUCCUGGCCAUGACUUCUGUGCCCCUUCCUUCCUCCCAAUUCUUAACGGUUGCUCCUGAGCUAUGCUGGCCUGAGAAUUGACCUUCACCAUGAAGGUCCCUAAAGGGCCCAUCCAGAGCCAGAUGGACUGUGGCCCUGAGAUGGAACAAGCUCAAGGAUUCUAACCACCUUGGGGACAUCCAGAGGGGAGGACAAUGACAGCAGAGGCUCCACAGAGGUGAGGAUACCUCAGAUGGAUUCAAACCCAGAGCAAUAACCCCCUAAUCCUCACCUUUUUUUUUUCUUGGCAGAGGCAGUCAUGGUCCUGUGACCACCACCAUGUGCUCCUCAGUAGAUCAAACAGGGGAAGGAAGGAAGUAGGACAGGCUGCUUCACCCAAGUUUGCCAGUCCAAGGCCAGCCUACCACUCAGACCUUUUAAUGCAAGGAUUUAGAAAAUCGGGUCUUGGCCAGUUCCCCAUCGGUCUGGUGGACAUAGCCAACAUUCCAGACUAGGUUAAAGGUUUGAAGGUAGUUUUGUAGCCAAGCAGAUUCUCUGUCCCAUCCUGUCCCCUAAAACCACCUGAGCUUCCCUGACUGGGCAUGGCCUCUGGGCCUAAGAUUCUUUCCCCUGAGGGUUUGCAGGGUAAAUAUCAUUUUGACAGACCAUGUCCAAAGUAUCAGGGCAGCCUUAGCAAGUGACCACCAACCCCUCCAGGCAAGACACACGGGCCCCAGGGAUGAAACAUCUGAAUGAAUUAACCUUCCCUGCCUGGGAAGAGGACAACAGGUAUAAACGCCCAGUGGCAACCAGAUGGCCAGACCCAAGCAGCUGGAACUCUCUGGGUUGGGGGAAGGCUCCUGCUCUCCCAGAAAGUGAUGUCCCAACUUUGUCCUCCUGGGAAGGUGUUACAAUACCCCAGAGGCCCAGCUGCCAAUGCAAUUGACUGGGCCUGGGUUCCAGGUUCUCCACUGCUGAGUGGUCAGUACCAGGCCGACACCUCAGAAGGGCCUCUUGCAACUCUGGGUUGCUAACUGACUAGCUGAACAUGUAGGGACAUGCUCAGGGGUUCUCCCCUAUCAGGAUUCUUGGUAUGUUCAAACUACCUCACCAACAGGACACUGACCCAGGAGCCUGCCUCCCACCUGGCUCCCUUGCUAGUUUUUGGAAAUGGAUAUUUUUCCUAAAAUGCAUCCUUCCUGUUCUGUUCCAAAUGCACAGGCUUCAAAAGCCACCACCAGGAAGCCUUCCCAGAAGGUAGAAAGAAUUGAGGGCUAUUGGUCUUUGGGUCUUACAGAAUGUAGAAGCUGGGAAGCCCUGGGCUGGGGGAAAAUAAUGUGCCAUCACUAAAAAGGAUCUGGCUGAGAUGAAUGUGUAGCAAGGACCAUGAAAUAGUCAAACAGUGGCCAAAUUAAUCACUAAUAACUCGCCACAGGAACCUCUGAAGGGAGGCCUGUGCUCAUGUAACCAUGGCAACAGCAGACGCCAGCAACUUACUCAUUAGUGCCACCCAGUAAUAAGGCAUCCCCUGGGCAAGACCAGGGGCCAUAAAGUAGCAAAGUAGCAAAUGUAGCAAUAAGGGGUCCAGGGCCCCAAAGGGGCAGGGCCUAAAUUACUAGGGCUCAGACCUCUCCCUAGCCCCCGUAAGGGCUCAGAGCCAGCUGCUGCCAGCUGUCUGGGGAGAGGAGGCCCUGCACACCCCAGGAUCUGACCUGUAUUCUAUGCCCAUUCACUGCAUGAUCUUGGACACAUCGGAAUGGCCUCCUCAUAGUGCAUGUGGUUCUCAUUAGUUUAUUUUUCUGGAAUUUGGGGAUUGGACCCCAGAACCAAACAUGCUGGUAAUAGUUUUAAAAUAAAUGACUUGAACCCACUACAAUCUAGCUAACUCUGUGUGACUCCUUGGUUUGGCUGUUCAUUGGGCAGGAUUUAUUUCUAAGGGGAAAAACAAAAAUCUACCAUUCCUCCCACCCUCUACCGUGCCCCGUUGUCACAUGUGUGGGCUCCUGUGCAGAAACACACACACACACACACACACACACACAUUCUGUUUCCCUCUCACUCCCAAGGAUGCUAGGCAGCUCAGAGAAGCCAGAUCAUUCUGCUAGGUUGGGAUAGCAGUGUCACCAGAAGGUUGAAGCCCCUACUUCCACCGGGGUAUCCUUGGCUGGGUGGUCUCCAUGUCCCACUGUCUGUGCUCAGGUUCAAACCCAGUGGCCACUCUGACACCACCUUAAAUAAAGUCUCGGGAUUGAAGUCCAUUGCAUACAGACGGUGCUCUUUAUGGGGAGUCUUGGUUUCCUGAGCGACAGACAAUCUCAUUUCCCGCUAACACCAAAGCAGCAGGACUGAGAGUCAGGCUGACAAGAGGAGGAAGAGAACAAAGUAAAAAGGACUCUCUAUUAAUGACGAGGCUGGCACCUAGCAGCACGCUUCAGUGGCUGGAAAUUUUGCUCCUGGAGGUAGAAAUGAUUUCAGAGGCAUAGACAUGGGUCUUCAGUCACAUCGGGAUGGGAGCCAAACUCUCCCAACCCCGAGACACCUCCUUGAGCAGAACUUCCUGCUCUACAAGGUCAAGUUCAAGGUCACACCUGCCUGGAGUCUAUAGUGUGUCCCACCGUUAGGUCCUGGCCUAUCCGCAAAAGAGCCACGCUUCCCUGUCCUCCCGGCCAUGGCCACCCCUCCUACCCAGCCAGACCAUCUGGCUUCUUUCCAGAAUAUUUGUUUAGCAAGCUGUCACUGUGUGUGCACACAAUCCUACAGACCACCAAGGACAGAGGUCUGCUUUUAUGUCAAGGGUAGUGGAGGACAUUUGGGGCUGCCACUAAUAACCCAAGGAUGUGGGGGAGCCACCUUCACGGCUUCCUCUCUCCCUAUACCCUCUUGGGGACUUUUGACCUAAUAGGCAGGAGGCUGUCCUUCCCCCUGGGGCCAGUUUCCAAUUGUUCUUUGAGUCUCAGCCUCUGAAGGACCUUCUGGGCCUCUGAUUCUAGGAGUCUCCUGACAUGUGGCAGCCUCUAAACCCAGGUGGCCCUUGGACAGGCAGGUCCCCUCCCGAACUGACAGAGCUCUGCCUCAGCCUGCCUUCCUCAGCAGAAGCAGCCACAGGAACUGCUGACUGCCCUCAGUGCAACUCCCCAAGCCUGCUGCUGGGGUCUUUCCCUUCACCCAGCCCCCCAGCACCUGCAGUGGGGGUUACAAGAUGUCCCAAACCCCACACCCUGAGGGGCAGCCCCUCCCGUCCCCACUCUUGAGGAGAAGCUGCAGAGUCUGGUUUAUUUUAAAGGGGCCCGGGUGAGCAGUACAGCUCAACAUGAGCUCCAUUUACAACAGAGCUCCUUGGUACACUGCUACUUCAGCCACCUCAGAACCCUGGAGCGGCCCUGGCCAGGUCUGGCUUAUUUCAGCCUACAAAAUGACAAGACGGAGAAACAGCCCCUAAUGGCAGAGACUGACCCACACACCCUCGUUCUGGGCAUUUGUUUACGCAUUUGUAAAAACAGUAAUGAGAAUUUUGAAAUCUUACAGUGGCUGUGAAUUAAUAUAGAGGGCUUAACCCCUGCCUGGCACGUGGCAUUUCUGAAUUGAGGCUGAUAUCAGCUAGUGCCAGGUCUGAGGUAGGCACUGGGAAUUGGUGAAUGUAGAAUACCUCAGCCAAUCUCUGACAGUCAGACAGCUUCCCCUCACACCCUGGCCCUUGGGUGCCAGCCCUCCUCACCAACCCGGAAGUGGUGGGCUUUUUUGGCCUGUGCAGGCAGCAAACUCCAGGCCCUGCCUGUGACAAGCCCCUGGCUGUCCCUUCCCAAUAAGGUCCCAGUUCCCUCACUGACACUAGGAUGGCCUCGAUUAAUGCCCCUACAGUAGGCCUCAGUAAGGAUAGAAUGGGGGAGUGGGGGUCUCCCUUCAGACCUCUAUGGUAGUGGGCACAGCAGGGCUCGCCGCACCCCCUCUGGAUGCCCAUUUGCCCCACAGGGCUUGUGGUCACUUCAUUGGGAUCUGGAUUCUGAGUUCUUGGUCAGAAAUAUUCCAUUUCAGGACAGGAACUGAGAACAGAAACCAGGUUGAGAAGCUGGGCAAGGCCUCCGUCCUGGGAAUGCCCAGGACCCCUGUGGACACACAUGAAUCUCCACGGAAAGAGGUCCCUCUUUCCUGAAAUGUCCAACCAAGCAAAUGAAGCCUAUUUUUCCUCUUUGUCAAAACUGUCAUCAUGGAAAGACGGUUUUCAGUUGGGGAGGGUUGGGAGGGUUAGUGAAGGAAAAGUCAAAAAGUGAGUCAGACCCCUAGAUUUCUCCUGCUGCUGCCUUUCCUUGUGGUCAGACCCUCAGGAAGGAUUCAGUGUAUAUCAGCACUGAGCAGGAAUUCCCAGAUUUUUUGGACCAACUGUGAGUGUAUGUAUGUGAGUGAUACUUUGUUUGUUUA